AUGGCUGGCGUAUUUGCGGAAUGCGCCAUCGCGUUUGUCACGAGUACUGAACUCGCUCCAAAGCUGAUCGGAGAGUUAUCGACCAUUUUGGAAGAUAAUGGUGCUACCAUCUGCGAACCCCGACGCGAUGGCUCGCUGCCUAUUGAAAAAGUUACACACAUCAUCUCCAACACAAUCGACUUUCCACAAUUCACCGAGGCGCAAGCCAUUAUGAUUCCUGUAGUCACAACACAGUGGAUCACCCACUCCAUCGCUCGUCGAAAGCAGUCCCAAAUCAGACCCUUUUCGCCCGACCCGAGGAUGAUAUUCUCAGAGGUUGUCGUUACUUGCGCUGAUCUACCAGAGACGGACAAAGAAUGUAUUGCGGGGGCCGUCAUGGCCUUGGGUGGGCAAGAAUCCAAGGAUGCAACCCGCAUGACUACGCACAUAUGUGCGCUGUCAAUGGACCAUCCAAAACUCCAAACUGCUCUUCAAAAGGGAUGGAAAGGCAAGGUUGUCUUGCCACAUUGGUUCGAUGAUUGUUUCAAGCUCGGAAAGCGUAUCGACGAAGGUCCAUAUGUCCUGCCCGACCCUGAGAUUCUUAAGAAGUCUCCCGAAGACGAUGUUAAAAUCCCGACAAACGAGAACCUAUUAGGAGCAACGUCACAUGCGCCAUCAUACCUGCCCUUGCCCCCCGACAGUGAUGUAGCUCGCCCUCCUGUGACCAUUUUCCAGGAUCGCCGCGUCAUGCUCUCUAAGGACCUGAGCCUUACCGAGAGAUUAUCGAAGGUUAUUCAGGAGAUCAUCAUGAACGGAGGCGGAAAGGUGGUGGAUGAGGUCGAGGACUGCGACACCUUCAUCUGCCAGUACCGUGACGGGCCCCAGUAUGUCAGAGCAGCGCAAUCUUGCAAGGAAGUUGGCAACCUGGCCUGGCUUUUCUGGCUUAUUGUUCACAACGACUGGACAUCGCCUCUCAGACGACUGCUACACUAUCCUAUUCCCAGAGACGGCAUCCCGGGCUUUAAGGAACUUCGAAUUACUGUUUCAAAUUACGGCGGGGAGGCACGAAUUUACCUGGAGAAUCUUAUUAGAGCGUGUGGGGCUGAAUUCACCAAGACGAUGAAGUCAGAAAACACCCAUCUCAUCACCGCACGCGAUACUAGCGAGAAAUGCAAAGCGGCACCUGAAUGGAACAUCCACGUUGUCAACCAUCUUUGGAUCGAGGAAAGCUAUGCCAAAUGCGAGAUAACACCCAUUAGCACCAAGAAGUACACUCAUUUCCCUCCUCGAACCAAUCUUGGGGAAAUAAUUGGUCAAACAUUCUUUGACGAGUCAAGGUUGCGGGACAAGUACUAUCCUGGAGGCGAAGAAAAGAUGUCCCCAGCAGCCAAGAGAAAGCGAAAGAUUCUCGAAGCUGCAGAGCAAAAUGCAUACCCACGAGGCCCAGCAGAGGGUGUUGUAAUUGGUCAAGCCGACAGUGAAGACGUCGAGAUGGAAGAUGUCGAAGAAGAGAGUGAGAAGCCCACGAAGAAAAAGGCCGCCACCAAGGCAUCUUCCGUAGCAACUCCUAUUCGAUCACGGCAUGCAGGAAAGGAGAAUGACACGCCGUCGGUGAUCUCUACAGGUGGUCGCAGUGCUAAAGCCAAAGCACAGGCAGCUUUGCUUGGCCUAAGCGACGAUAUUGCGCUGUACGAAAAAGAGAGGAAGAGGAAUGCCAAAGGAGGCAGCGCAAUCUGGGGCGGCAAACGGGCUGCGGAUCAGGCCGAGAAAGACAUCACCAAGACAAAGAGUGCAACUCCUGAAGCUGAAGAAGACACAACGACGGCCAAGCGACCUGCCAAGAAGGCAAAGCCGACACUUCCUGACGUUACGAUGCGAAUUACCCUGACAGCGUUCAAUCGAUGGGUCGGAGACAAGGCCAAGGAAGAUCGGGACCGAAAAAAACUACGAGAAAUGGGUAUUCAGAUCGUUGGAGAGGGUCAACCCUGCGACCAUCUGGCAGCGCCCAACGUCGUCCGCACUGUCAAAUUUUUGUGUGCCCUUUCACGUGGACCAAGUGUCAUCUCAUCAGAUUUCAUCGAGCAAGCCUUGGAUACGGGCAGUCUACCUGACGUGGAGGACUUCAUCCUCAAAGACAAGGAUGCGGAGAAAAAGUAUAAAAUCGACCUAGAGAAAUCGGUCGCCCGCGCCAGAGCAAACAGAGGCAAGCUGUUACUCGGUGUCCCAAUCUAUUGCACGGAAAAGAUCCGCAAUGGCCCAGACAGUUACAGAGCUAUUGCCGAGGCAAACGGUGCGAUUUUCAAGAUUUAUCGAGCGCGAAGCGGAACAACAAUUCGACCAACGACCGCCGAGGAAGAAGGCAAUGCGCCUCCUGAACCCGUCUACCUACUCAGUAGUGAUGCUAGGGAUGAGAAAGCUCUGUGGGACCGAUUCCGAGAAAUGGCGCGUGGAGGCAACAUGGAACCGCGGGUCGUGGUGCCUGACUGGUUACUCGACGUUGCAAUGGCUCAACAAGUACGGUUCGACGAGGGUUUUCUCGUUGAGAAGUACUACGAGUUAGAGUAG